AUGGCACCUGUCGAGAUCGGAAGCAAGGCCCUGGUCGACUUCGACCAGAAGAGCUUGUUCAAAUACAAGAACAAAGUCCUCACCAAGCUCUUUGGCGGACGCUCGCAGACUGCCUGCUACGGCCUGGCGGUUACCAUCUUCUCCCUCGGCAUCUUCCGUGACCUCCUUUACGAACGAGCCCUUCGCUUCCAACCUGCGCACCCUCUGCUCUCGUCUGAUGCGGUGACCUAUGUCGGAUAUGCCCUUGUGGCCUGUGGCAACAUUCUUGUUCUCUCUUCGACGUGGCAGCUGGGCAUCACCGGCACGUUCCUCGGUGACUACUUCGGCAUCCUCAUGGACAGCAUUGUGACUGGCUUCCCCUUCAACAUCACCGAUGCCCCGAUGUACAAUGGUUCCACAAUGAGCUUCCUCGGCGCGGCUCUCAUUUACGGCAAGCCCGCCGGUAUCCUGCUGACCGUCUGGGUCUACAUCGUCUACCAGGUCGCCCUGAGCUAUGAGAACCCAUUCACUGCUGGUAUCUACGCCAAGAGAGACCGCGAGCGUGCCGCCGGCAACGACACCAAGAAGGUUAGGUGA